AUGAUUGUGAACAAGUUCAAUCGCUAUAAUCAACUUAAAAACCUGAACCAACAGCUGAGAGGUUCCAUAAAUCAAUCACAACCACUUCGUAAGGUCGUGUUCAAUGUUUCUGAAAGUUUAAAAGUUGUAAAAAUCCUAGGAGAAGGCGCGUAUGGGAUAGUAGCCCUUGCUAUUCACACUCCCACAGGGACGAAAGUGGCUAUAAAACGUAUUGAACCUUUUGAAAGACCAUUAUUUUGUCUUCGAACUUUACGAGAAAUCAAGCUUUUAUCUAAGUUCGAUAAUCAUGAAAAUAUUAUCAAAUUAUAUGACGUUCAAAAACCUUACAAUUACCAAAUGUUUCAUGAAGUAUACUUAAUCCAGGAGUACAUGCCAAGCGACCUCCAUAAUAUCAUUCGCACCCAUACAUUAACUGAUCAACAUGUACAGUACUUUGUAUAUCAGAUAUUAAAAGGAUUGAAAUUAAUCCACAGCGCCAAGGUGAUUCAUCGUGACUUGAAGCCAAGUAACCUUUUGGUCAACGAGGAAUGUGAUUUGAAAAUUUGUGAUUUUGGUUUAGCCAGAUUAGAUAACCAAUUAUACCCCAAUCAAGAAUUGCCUAAUAACAUUUCCAGUUUGACAGAAUAUGUGGCUACUCGAUGGUACCGGGCUCCUGAGAUUAUGUUGAAUGCAGCUAAUUACUCAAGAGCAAUUGAUAUUUGGUCAGUCGGUUGCAUACUUGCUGAGAUGUUCACUUAUAAGCCAUUAUUCCCCGGAAGCGAUUAUGUUCACCAAUUACGGUUAAUAUUUGAGAUUAUAGGCUCUCCAUCUGAAGAGGAUAUGCAUAUUGUGAAGUCACACAGAGCAAAGAACUUUCUCAAGUCUUUACCUCAUAGAGAAAAGUUAGACUUUACCGAGUAUAUAAACACCCACCCUUAUAGGAUUGCAAAACAUGGAAUCAAUAAUGUAAAUCCAUUAGGUGUCGACUUGUUGGAGAAAAUGUUGGUGUUUGAUCCAAAUAAGAGAAUAACUGUUGAUGAAGCACUAGCACAUCCGUACCUUGCUUCCUACCAUGAUCCAUUGGAUGAACCAAUUACUCUGCCAAUCCCAUUGGAAGAGUUUGCUUUUGAUAUAAAUAAAGAUGAUUUGGACAAAGAGAAUUUGAAACGACAAAUCUAUAAUCAGAUUAUAACAGCUAAACGUGAUUAAAAGUACAUAGUUGUUCUAUAGAAACAUUUUAUUUUUUUUUACCACAUCUUCUAUUAUCUUCUCUCAAUGGCGAAUUUAUGCAAGAAAACAUAACCAAACACAAGGAAUAAUAAUGAUAAUCCUGCCAAGUACAAGACAUCUUUCCAGAAUGCCCCAACAUCAAAUCCAAAGGUGCUUAAAAUAACAGCACCAGGUACCUCGAUCGACAAACCAUACUUCUUUUCUCUCAAAAUCAAGUCCUUGACUUCAUUAAUAGACAAGGCUUCAUAUGCAUAAUGGAAUACAGAAACCCAUUCGAGCCAUUUGAUCAGGAUAGUCAAGUCUUCGCUAUUGAUAAACAAUCCAGCAAACAACAAUGACAACAAUAAAAGUAAAACACCAAUCAUGGUUGAAGUUCCCGGUUCCUUGAUUAAUAUACCAACAAUAAGCAUUUCGGUAGAUACAGCAAUAUUGAAUACAACAAGGACACAGAUUGCCUUCAAGAAUGCAUUAUGUUCCAUAGUUAAACCAACCAAUGGAUAAGCAACACUAAUUAAAAUCACUGGUGGCAAAACUCGAAGUGGAACCAAAUCACAAAAUAUCUUACUCAAGUAGUAACUUAAGGGAUGAUAAUAAUUAUUUGCCCGUUCUCUAAUGAAUAUAAUUCUUUCAGUUGCAAAUGAAUGCAAACCAGUAAGGGACGAAAAUCCAAAGAAUGCAAGAAGGAAAAAAAAUAAACCCAAUCUAUUCUGAAAUCCACUGAUAUCAUAGGAUAAAUCAUAGUACAAAUAUCCACAGAAUAAACCAACCAAUAAUGACAAGACAUAAUGAGCCAAUAAUAAUCUAGGAUUUCUGUAUAAAUUCUUAAAUGUUCUCAGAGACAAAAUGGCAGCUUGAUUAAAAAAAGUCGCCUUCUUGAUAUCAUGCUUAGUCAAAUCAAGUGAUGUAUGAUGUUGCUUACCUUCUUCAAUUUCCUGUUUCAAUUCCAAUGCUAAUGAAGAUUCAACAAAUAAAGUUGGCAAUUUGUUACGCAAACGAAUAUACGUCUCUUCUUCCCCAGUCUUUGAAGUACGUCGACCAAUAAUUUCGUUAUUGUACUCAUCACGAUGAGUAGCAAAGUGCUCCCAUUCUAAAGUGGUAUCCUCUUGAGUAGAGGCUCUAUUUUUAAGGAAAGCAUCAUGAAUAUCAACAUCUUGUAUAUCUGUAGAGGUUGAUGUGGCAGCUACAAUGUCAGAAUCAGCAUUUGUAACCUUGACAAUCUUUUUAUGAUCAACCGUGAUAUCAAUCAAAUAAUCAGCAAGAUUAUAUCCUAAUGGACAAUUAUAUCCAUUCCUAGUAAAAAAGUCAUUAGCCUUGAUCAUAUCACCAGAAUAAAUCAAAUCACCUUCACUAAGUAACAACAAUUUAUCAAACAAGGAAACAAUAUUACUUCUGGGUUGAUGGAUAGUAAACACAAUGGUUCUAUCAUAAUCUCUCGAUAAUUUAACUAAACAAUCAACAACAUUUCUAGCAUUAUAGGAAUCUAAACCUGAAGUGGGCUCAUCCAAAAACAAGAUUGAAGGAGAGGUAACCAAUUCACAUGCAAUAGAAACUCUUCUUUUUUCACCCCCAGAAAUACCUCUCUUAAAAUCAGAUCCAAUAACUCGAUCCUUGAUAUUCAAGAUUCUCAACUCAUUCAAAACUUCAAUAACACGAGCUUGCUUUUGAGUAAAACUCAUAUCUCUUGGAAGACGAAGUAAUGCACUAUUCAAAACAGUUUCGUAAACAGUUAAAGUUGGGAUCAAAUGAUCUUCUUGAUCAACAAAUCC